UUUACACUGGACACACACACAGAGUAUAGUAAGUGUGGUCUUAUCUCAAGUAUAUACUAUAAAUAAUACACGAACGUCUGCAAAAGUGAAAUUGCAUUAGUUCGAAGAUGCCCAGUGCAACGGUGAACGGGUUUCAACGAGGCAGCAAGAAUGCAGGAGACGUGGUGAUAACGGGCCUGUCGGGUCGCCUGCCGGAGUCCGACACCAUCGACGAGUUUGCGCAGCAGCUCUUCGACGGCGUCGAUCUCGUCACCGCUGACGACAGGCGCUGGACUCCCGGUCUGUGUGGAUUACCAGAACGUAAUGGAAAACUGAAAAACUUAUCGCACUUUGAUGCUACUUUCUUUGGCGUUCACGCAAAACAGGCGCACAACAUGGACCCGCAGCUACGUAUGUUGCUAGAGGUGACCUACGAGACUAUAAUAGACGCCGGGUUCAACCCUGUCGAACUACGUGGUACUCGUACUGGCGUUUAUAUUGGUGUCUCUAAUUCAGAAAGCAUUGACAUGUGGACCCAGGAUUUGGAGAAGGUUAAUGGCUAUGCUCUCAUCGGAUGCCAUGGUGCAAUGUUUCCCAAUCGCAUAUCUUACACGUUUGAUUUCAAAGGUCCGUCGCUUGCGAUCGACACUGCUUGCUCUAGCUCUAUGUCAGCUCUCGUUCAGGCCGUAGACGCAAUAAAAUCGGGUCAUUGCGACUCGGCAGUUGUCGCUGGUACUAAUCUUUGCCUGAACCCUGGUUAUUCAGUCGGCUUUCAACAAAUGAAUAUUCUGUCACCGGAGGGGCGCUGCGCAUCGUUCGACGCGGAGGGCCGCGGGUACGUGCGCUCGGAGGCGACGGUGGCGGUGCUGCUGCAGCGGCGCGCGCAGGCGCGGCGCGUGUACGCCGCCGUGCGCGGCGCGCGCAUGAACACGGACGGCCACAAGGAGCAGGGCAUCACCUACCCCGCCGGCGACAUGCAGCGCCAGCUCGCCGCCGACACCUUCCGACAGGCGGGCCUUCGGCCGCAGGACGUCGUCUACGUCGAAGCUCACGGCACUGGCACCAAGGUGGGCGAUCCGCAGGAAGUGAACGCAAUUGCUGAACUGUUUUGUAAAGACCGGAAGACUCCACUACUGCUGGGCUCGGUGAAAUCUAACAUGGGACACUCGGAGCCCGCAUCGGGCUUGUGUUCGAUCGCCAAAGUAUUGAUCGCAAUGGAAAAGGGUGUUAUUCCUGGAAAUCUGCACUACAAAACUCCUAACCCAGACAUCCCAGCACUUAGUGAUGGCCGAAUUAAGGUGGUGGACCGCAAUACGCCGUGGAAGGGCGGGCUGGUGGCGGUGAACUCGUUCGGGUUCGGCGGCGCGAACGCGCACGUGAUCCUGGAGUCGGACGGCGCGGAGGCGGAGGCGGCGGCGGAGGCGGCGGCGGAGCGCGGCGCGGACGCGCUGCCGCGGCUGGUGCUGGCGUCGGGCCGCACCGAGCCCGCCGUGCGCGCGCUGCUGCAGCUGGCCGCCGAGCACGCCGCGCACGCGCCCCUGCACGCGCUGCUCGACGCCGUGCACGCGCGCGCCGUGCCCGGCCACGCGCACCGCGGCUACCGCGUGCUCGCCGACCCGCCCGUCGAGGAAAUUAUAGAACUGGAGAGCGGCGAGCCGCGGCCGAUCUGGUUCGUGUUCUCGGGCAUGGGGUCGCAGUGGGCGGGCAUGGCGCGCUCGCUGAUGCACGUGCCGCCGUUCGCGGCUGCAGUGGAGCGUGCGGCUGCCGCUCUCCGGCCGCAUGGCGUUGACCUGCAGCACAUGCUCACUGACGCGCCCGACAUCGCUUUCGAGGACGUCGUCAACUCCUUCGUGUCCAUUGCGGCCGUGCAGGUAGCACUUGUCGACGUGUUGCGCGCCGUCGACAUUCGCCCCGACGGCAUCGUCGGACACUCCGUCGGCGAACUAGGGUGCGCGUAUGCGGACGAGACCCUAACGGCGGAGCAGGUCGUCUUGGCAGCGUACUGGCGUGGGCGCAGCAUCGUGGAGUCUGCGCUGUCACCGGGCGCGAUGGCUGCUGUCGGCCUCACGUGGGAGCAGUGCGCCAAGUGCUGUCCGCCCGACCUAGUGCCCGCAUGCCACAACGCCGCCGACAGUGUUACAGUAUCUGGUCCAGUUCCGUCAAUAGAGAAGUUUGUGGCCGAGUUGUCGGCGGCGGGAAUAUUCGCGCGCCUUGUGAAUAGUAGCGGCGUAGCGUUCCAUAGCAAGUACAUCGCGGCGGCUGCGCCGCUGUAUCGCGACCGUCUGCGAACCCUCAUACCCGAUCCCAAACCGCGUACGUCGCGUUGGGUCUCAUCCUCGCUUCCUAGAGAUCAGUGGAACUCGGAAAUCGCGAAGCUGAGCGACGCAGAGUACCACGUGAACAACAUGCUGUCGCCGGUGCGGUUCGCGGAGGCGCUGGCGGCGGUGCCGGCGCGCGCGCUGGUGGUGGAGGUGGCGCCGCACGCGCUGCUGCAGGCGGUGCUGCGGCGCGCGCUGCCCGCGGCCGCCGCGCACGUGCCGCUCGUGCGCCGCGACCGGCCCGAGCCGCGCGUGCAGCUGCUGGCCGCGCUGGGCCGGCUGUUCGCGGCGGGCGCGCAGCCGGCGGCGGGCCGGCUGUACCCCGCGGCGGCGUGGCCGGUGCCGCGCGGCACGCCGGGGCUGGCGGCGCGCGUGCGCUGGGACCACUCCGUGCAGUGGAGCGUGGCGCACUUCGGCGCCGCCGCGCGCUCCGGCGAGCACGUCGUCGAGCUCGACCUCGCGCGCGCGUCUGACGCCUACCUCGCCGGCCAUCGUAUAGGCGGCCGCGUGCUCUUUCCUGCUGCUGGAUACAUUGAUCUUGUCUGGCGAACUGUAGCCAAACUUCGCAACAAAAACUUUGAAGACACAGCGCUCGUCUUUGAGGAUAUACAGUUUCAACAAGCAAUUACAAUGUCAAAGGAUAUUCCAGUCCGGUUUUUAGUGACAAUACUAAGUGGAACAGGCGAGUUCAGUGUGUGCGAGGGAGCCACCGUUGCAGUUACAGGUAAAGUGCGACUUGCAGAGAAUACCGCUAUUGAACGAGUCAAAAUUCCACCACUUUCUCAUUCUGAUGAACCAGAUCUAUUAUCUCUCAAUAGCAGUGACGUAUAUAGAGAAUUGAGAAUUCGAGGAUACAAUUACUGUGGUGCAUUUUGUGGAAUAUAUUGUUCAGACCCGAGAAGAAUAAAAGGCGAACUUGUUUGGAAUGGAAAUUGGGUUACUUUUAUGGAUACAAUAUUGCAAUUUUGUAUUAUUGGUAAAAAAACACGUGAGUUAAUGAUACCAACUAUGAUACAACGAGUACUUAUCGAUCCAGCGGCACACUUGACUGCUGGAAAAGGUAUCAACAAAUUACCGGUUUAUCGAGAUAAUGAUAUUGAUACUAUAAUUUGUGGUGGUUUAGAAUUUCGAGGAGUCAAGUUUAGUCUUAUAUCACGGACCGUUAAUGAGCAUUCAUCGCCAAAAUUGGAAAAAUAUGUAUUCGUUGCAUACGAUAAUACACAUGAAGCAUUUAAAGACUCCCUCUUUCCGAAACGAGACGCUCUCACCAUUUGCACUCAAUUAUUACUGGAGAACGUGGGCACUCUGCGUCUAAAGAUUACAGAAGCAUCACUGAAUCGACCAGCUGAAGUGCUACUAACUCCGCAUAUAUUGCAAAUAUUGGAUGGCCAGCCGCAAGUGCGUGCUGAGUGUAGUCUCGCCGCUGGUGCAGCCGCUAUGUUCUACUUAGCGACGCUUCAAGAUUUUUAUGUAAAGGUGACAAGGAAGGACGCGAGUCAAAUGGCACCCGACAGCGAGUGUCACAUGGUGUUGGCAGGUGGCGUGGCGAUACGGGACGAUUGUAGUAUUGUGCUGGGUCAUCUGGCCGAGGCGCUCUGUGAGGGCGGCAUGGUGCUGCUGGAAGAGGCGCCCGCGGCGCUGGGCGACGCGGCGGCGGAGCGGGCCGGGCUGGAGCCCGUGUCGCGGCAGGCGGCCGCCGGGCACGAGUACGUGCUGCUGCGGCGGCGCGCGGCGGCCGCCGAGCUGGCGGUGGUGGAGCUGGGCGCGGAGCGCUCGUUCGGCUGGGUGGCGCGGCUGCGCGCGGCGCUGCGGCGCGCGGAGGCCGCGGGCGCGGCGCUGCGCGUGGCGGCGGUGUCGCGCGCGGCGGCCGGCGGCGCGCUGGGGCUGGCCGCGUGCCUGCGCGCCGAGCCGGGCGGCCGCGCGCUGCGCGUCUUCCACCUGCCCGGCGAGCGCGAGCCCUUCUCGCCCGCCGCGCCCGCGUACGCGGCGCAGCUGCGCAAGGACUUGGCCGUCAAUGUGCUGCGCGACGGCGUCUGGGGAUCCUACAGGCAUCUACUGCUCGAUGAGGCCGACAAAAUGCAGCUACAGGUGGAGCAUGCGUACGUGAAUAUUUUGACUCGCGGGGACCUGUCAUCGCUGCGAUGGAUCGAGAGUCCACUGAGGUUUGCAGCUGAGAAACAGUGGCCACCACAUACGGACCUAUGCCGCGUCUACUACGCGCCGCUGAACUUUCGCGAUAUCAUGUUGGCUACCGGCAAGUUGCCGCCGGACGCGCUGCCGAGCAAUCUCGCUGGACAGGAGUGCAUCCUGGGGCUCGAGUUUAGCGGACGGUCGUCGAGCGGCGCACGCGUGAUGGGCAUGGUGGCGGCGCGUGGGCUCGCGACCAGUGUGGUGGCCGACAAGGGGUUCCUGUGGGAGGUGCCUGCGGCGUGGUCGCUAGAGCAGGCGGCGACGGUGCCGGUGGCGUACGCGACGGCGUACUACGCGCUGGCGGUACGCGGGCGCAUGCGGCGAGGCGAGACAGUGUUGGUGCACGCGGGCACCGGCGGCGUGGGGCAGGCCGCCAUCGCGAUCGCGCUGCACGCUGGCUGCACUGUGUUCGCGACCGUGGGCACGGCCAACAAGCGCACCUUCCUGCGCGAGCGCUUCCCGGCGCUGGACGACGCCAAUAUCGGCUGCUCGCGCGACACCUCCUUCGAGCAGAUGGUGAUGCGACGCACGCACGGCCGCGGCGUCGACCUCGUGCUCAACUCGCUCGCUGCCGACAAGCUGCUCGCCUCGGUGCGCUGCCUGGCUGAGGGCGGCCGCUUCCUGGAGAUCGGCAAGCUCGAUCUGUCCAACAACACUUCUCUCGGUAUGUCGAUCUUCUUGAAGAACACGACAUUUCACGGCAUCCUUCUGGAUGCGUUGUUCGAUGCGCAUGGCGACGACGCGGAUAAGGCGGCGGUAGUGCGCUGUAUGGCGGAGGGUAUCGCCACCGGCGCCGUCCGCCCGCUGCCUGCCACCGUCUACGCCGACCACCAGCUCGAGCAGGCCUUCCGAUACAUGGCGACCGGCACAAUCGGAAAAGUGUUGUUGCGCGUGAUAUACAAGCUGAUAUCCGCCAUCCCGCGCACCUACAUGCACCCCGCCAAGAGCUACGUGUUAGUGGGUGGCCUCGGCGGGUUCGGGCUCGAGCUGGCGCAGUGGCUGGUGGUGCGCGGCGCCACGCGGCUCGUGUUGAACUCGCGCAGCGGCGUCCGCACCGGCUACCAGAGCAUGUGCAUCCGCAGGUGGCGCGAGGCCGGCGUGGCGGUGCUGGUGUCGCAGGCGGACGCGACCGGCGCCGGCGGCGCGCGCGCGCUGCUGCGCGAGGCGGUCGCGCUGGGGCCCGUCGGCGGCGUGUUCAACCUGGCCGCCGUGCUGCGCGACGCCUUCCUCGAGAACCUCACGGCCGCGGACUUCGAGGCGGUCGCGAAGGCGAAAGUGGACGGCACGCAGGCGCUGGACGCGGCGACGCGCGAGCUGGCGCCGCAGCUGGACUACUUCGUGGCGUUCUCGUCGGUGUCGUGCGGGCGCGGCAACCCCGGCCAGAGCAACUACGGCUACGCCAACUCCGCCAUGGAGCGCGUCGUCGAGCGGCGCCAGGCCGACGGGCUGCCCGGGCUCGCCGUGCAGUGGGGCGCCAUCGGCGAUGUGGGCUUACUCGAGAACAACGUGGACGGCAAAACAACGGUGGUAGCCGGUACGGAGCCGCAAAGUAUCGCGUCAUGCAUGCAAACUCUGGACACUGUACUGGCUCUGGGAUACCCAGUGGUGGCUUCCACAGUACUGCCCGAUAAAUGUCGAGCACUCGGAACUCCGAAGCAGGACGCGGUAAAGAGCGUCGCUAAUAUUCUGGGAAUAAGGGAUUUGAGCAGCAUAUCGAAGAUCGUUAGCUUCGCAGAAUUGGGAAUGGACUCGUUAAUGUGUGCAGAGAUCAAGCAGACUCUAGAGUGUGGUUACAAUUUGGUGCUGAGCGCUCAGGAGAUCCGGAACCUCACCUUCACGAUGCUCCUCGAGCUCACGGGCGGCGAAGAGUGCAGUGCCGCCACUCCUGCUGUGUCAGUCUUUAUUGAGUAAAAGUUGGCAGAUUUGGUUCAGCACGCAACAUUUGACGGUCUUGCAGAUUUGUCGGGUUCUACCGGUGAAGCCGAAAUUUAGGCUACAAAAUUAAUUAAGCAUUAAAUUCGUAGUUAAUUCAUAAUUAAACUAUAUAUGUAUACAUGUAUAUACAUAUUAAUGAAAUAUCAACAUCAUCAGUAAAACGUACAUACCUUUUAUUUUUGUUGUAAUAAGCUGAUUUAAUUAUUAACAAUCUAUUAAGGUCAAAAUAGCAUUUUCAAUAAGUAUAACUGUUACAUUACACUGUAUAAUUAUAUUAAAGUACUUAUAUCAUUACAAAUACUAUAACACAAAAUCCAAUGUACUUGUGCUCGCUGUCAUAACUUAGUGAUUCCGUUUACUACAAUAUAAUUACUUCUCUUGUGUUCAUCAGAUCUAUAUUGAACGAUGUAUUUUCUGUUAAUAUAUUUUCUUUCUGUUAAUAUAUGGAAUGUUUUUAUUAUUACUUGUUUGAUUGUAAUAAAAAAUAAAUACUGGAAUUAUUAGUAUUAUUCUGUCAUAAAAAAAAUUAUGCUUAAAUCAAUUAGGAUUACUAACAAGAAACAAUGUAAUGUACUAUUAAACUGAAA